AAGCCGUUUCGAGGAUGCUCCGGGCGGCGAAAUCGAGAAGAGAGCGGAGACGGAUUGAGAAUCCCCGCAUGGCAUAAAGAAGAAAAAGAUGAGUUUAAUAAUGUAUAUAUUGAUGCCCAGAAAAUUACAGCAUAAGACCCGGUCUUGGCGUCGGUAGUCAUCGUCAUAGGGAAAACGUCGUGCUAGAUUGGGGUAGGAAUGCCAUGCCGGACUUUUGCUAAAUUUGUCGAGUCGACGUAUGGAGAUUGACGGUAUAGGGGGGUAGGUGACAGGGACAAGAGAUUGCUCGAGUCCUCCCGUUUCUUAUAUACCUACCUACCCCGGGGGACCAAGAGUUUCUAUACGAUGUGAGUUACUUAACUUUUGAUCGUCUAGGAACAUAAUACACUGGGAAGCAAAGGCUGCCCCCAAAAUGAGACUUUCUAUCACCUGCGCUCUGGCGUUGGCGGCCGGUGCUUUGGCCGUCCCAUCGCAACAGCUAGAGACUCGCCAGCAACCAUUCAAGUCGGAACCCAUCACCGACUUUGCCGAGCCGUGGGCGUUCGCUUUCCUGCCCGAUGACAAGAUCCUCGUCACUGAGAGACGAGGCAACCUGCGUCUCCUCGACCCGACCACCAAGGCCAAGGGUUCCAUCACCGGUGUGCCCACCGUCGCCUACGGUGGUCAGGGUGGUCUACACGAUGUCGCCUUGCACCCCAACUACACCGAGAACAGUAUUAUAUAUCUCAGCUACGCUGAAAGCGGCUCUGGAGGUGCAGGUGGCGCAGUCGCGCGGGCCAAGUUAACGUUAGACACCAACGGCGGCGGUGCGCUGUCCGGCCUCGAGGUCAUUUGGCGCCACUCGUCGAAAGCCUCUGGUGGACUCCAGUUCGCCUGCCGCCUGCUCUUCGGCCCGGACGGUGCUCUGUGGAUCUCGUCCGGUGAGAUCAACCAGAUGACCCCGGCCCAGGACAUGACCAGCAACCUCGGCAAGGUGAUCAGGCUAUACGACAACGGCACCGCCUACGCAGGCAACCCAUUCGCUAGCCAAGGCGCUAUCCAGUCGCAGAUCUGGUCGCUGGGCCACCGCAACCCACUGGGCAUUGACUGGGACGCCCAAGGACGUCUCUGGGAAGUCGAGAUGGGACCUAUGGGCGGCGACGAGCUUAACCUGAUCAAGUCAGGCGCCAACUACGGCUGGCCAGUUGUAUGCGAAGGCCGCCACUACGACGGACGAACGAUUCCCAAGCACAGCACACGCCCCGACAUUGAGGCGCCCAAGGCUUUCUGGGUCCCCGUUAUCUCCCCGGCCGGCUUGAUCAUCUACAAGGGCAGCCUAUUUUCCAGCUGGACGGGCAAUGCCAUCAUCACUGGUCUCAGCUCACAAUCAAUUGUGCGCGCGGAGAUCACUGGUGACACAGCGAAGGAAGCUCAGCGUAUCUCAAUGGGUAAGCGCAUGCGUGGUAUCCGAGAGGGCAAGGACGGCGCCAUCUGGGUGAUCGAGGAUGGUCAAGGCGGUCGGCUCUUGAAGCUUACCCCGAACUAAACUUGCGUUAGAGGGUUGGGACCGAAUG